AUGUCGGGACUCGUGACAGGCGAGCCGCCCCCGGCCCCGUCGGGAACUCGAGCCGGUGUAUGCCAGUUCAAAAAGACGUGGCAGGGAAGGUGGUUCCAAAGCGGAGUUCAAAACUACCUUUUUAUAAAUAGUACUUACAUAGAAACCAAAGGAGAAUGUUACGAAGAGCAGGGGGACAAAUAUUUAUUAUAUGAUAGAUCUGACAACUGUUACAUGUGCAUGGUGAUUCAUCCAAAACAUCCUAGUGUUUUACAAUAUAAAGAAACUUUUUGCGAACCGAAAGCCUCUUUGGCGGAGCUCUGCCAAUUAAUAACGGGCGACGCGCCGCUCUAUAGUCUCUUCAGGAAGCACCCGGAGGCCAAACCGAUACCCUGUCCGUUCAAAAGCGCCCCGUUCACGUUCAGCUACAACAGAAUGACGGGCGACUGCAGCAAUCCGCCGAGCAAGGCGGAAAGUUGCACGGACGACUCCAGGCUCGUGCUCAAGUACCAAGCGUGUCCGGAUGUACCGUCCACGGAAAGCAACGUCGAAGAAUUAGUUUGCUUGGCUAUGUGGAAGGAGGGUUCGACUAGAUAUCUUAUCGGUAAAAUAUCCCAGCCGAACCGGAGGAGCGCUUCAGAUGAAGACCAAUACAGGUGUUUCAUCUAUCAAAGGAGCACGGAAAAUGGGAAAACCAUCUACAACGUCGCGCAAAGCGGCGAUGCCACGUGUACGGGAUUAGAUGCGACAGCUUUCGAAGGCAGCAGAACCAUGAAACUUACCACUGUAGACGAUCAGCACAAACGGUGCAAAUUCCCGAUAUGGAUAACCGAACACCACACGUGGCUGAGUUUGGACCACCACAAAACGUUCAAGUUCUCGUUGAGGAACGCCACGCUGAAGAUUCUGGACGACGAACCGCCCAAAACCAAUAAGGUUCAAGCGAGCUACACGCAAGCGUUCGCCUUCGAGGAGUUCGGUUUCCAAUCGCAAGAACAGCGCAAACAGAACUCCGAAAUGCGAUUGGUCUGUCACGGGAUCUUGCAGCAACAGGAACAGAAGAAAGUUCAGAUCGUCGCGCACAUUACAGCCGGAUGCGACAGCGGUUACGUUUGCAUGGUGUUCUACAAAAGGGACGCCAACGUUAUAGAAAUUCAACAAACGGAAGAUUACGUCGAGAAUCCGGACGAAGCUUGUGCGAAAUUCGAUGCCUCGUCCACACCUUACACGACGCUAAUAACAACAACGUUACGGCCGAACAAAUGCCCGCAUUUGGGACGUUAUACGGUCGCCGCUCUGGCCACACAAGGGGAAAAAAGGAAACGAAGACAACAACCUGAAAACAAAAACAUCGUGACUAACGAAGAACCCGAUUGCGUUUCCGACUAUUACGAAACCCUAUCGGUCGGUUGCAGCGGUAGCCAUGAAAUGGAACUGAAAUCGACUUGCUCGCAGGAGGCUUUAUCGUACACUUGCCACGGAAGUUGGGAGGAAAACGGCAUUUCGUACGUAAUAACGACGUCGCAAUCGAAGAAAUCGAUCGAAUCCAAAUAUUGCUUCAUGUACAAACAGGAUCAACUCAACGCUCCCAUCAUAGAGGGCAGCAUGGGCAAGGGAAUCGGUCCGCUCGUUUUGCGCAUGUCCGGCGUCACGGAGAGCUGUCACAGGCACAUCGUACCCGGCGUUACCGGAAAUUGGGCCUACAAUUUCACAAGCAACGGUACAUGCCAGGAAAGUUCCGAAAUGAACUCGAGUCAUCUAUGGGUACCGACUGUCCUUUUGUUGGUGCUGUCUCUAGUCUCCAUAGCGAUUAUAAGAUGAUGAAAACGGACGGUUUUACACACAUUAUCUGAAUACUAAGUGUUUUUGCACCCCUCAAACAAAUAUGUAGACACUAGUCGGUAUUUUUAUAUUUACUUUUACUUCGUUCGUCGUAUUUACUUACAAAAAUGGAACGUGUAGAAAUAUUUCUGCCGAUUGAAGUAUUCAAAUUGUUAAAAAAAAAUGGUUAAAUAGAGUCGUAGGUAUUGUUUUAGAUAAUAAAAAUGGGCCUAAAAAUCGCUAUAGUGGGAGAAAUAUUUCUAUCUGCGUGUAGUCAAUUUUUUUAAAAGAAACUUAAUUUUUAACAGACGGAUCGUCAACAAACGAGAAUAUUGAAGUGUGAAUGCGACCGGGUACUCAAGAUGUGCACAAAUGGCUGUAACGAAACGAUUUAUUAAUUAACAAAAAUAUUCUUCGUGUGUACGUGUAAUGUCAUUGACGAUCUCCUCGUAUGUAAUGUAUAAAGACAAUGCUGCUGCUCUAUGAUAAGGCAGACGAAUGAGCUGUGUUUGUGAUUUGUUGGCUAUAAAAAUUUAAUGUCUAAUUUUUUACUUAAUCGCAUAUAUUUUAAUUGACCAUCGACGUUUUUCACCCUAUUUAACAACUAAUUAUGUUGAACAAUUUUUUAGCAAAUAAAAUGAGCUUCACAGUACAACGAAAACUUUUUAAUACACGUCUAUCUUGCCAAUAAUAAUAAUACGGUUAAAAACGUUGAAAUUUAACUAUAGUUUAAUAUUGUUUUACUGAAUAAUAGGCAAAGUGCAACAUUUUGACCUCUUUUAAAUUUGCAUCAUUUCAAAACGUGUUUUAUAGACUAAUAGACUUAUCUUGCUACAGUUUCUUAAAAUCUCAAAACCUAAACAAAUCGAAACUUUUCAACAUUUAGUUUAAAUUCCAACGUCAAUGAUCUUAAAAAGGAUAAGUCUAUUAGCAACAAGUACAUGGAAAUGUUUCACCUAUUAUUCAGUAAGCAGUCGAAUACGUAACUUAACAGAGAAAGAUUUUUAUAAUUUGGUUUGAUGUAAAUAUAAACUGUGAUUUUGACGAGGCAGCAAGCUAGCAGCUGUAUAAAAAUUAUUUCGCUAUUUUUCCUCGAUGCAAUUCUUGCGUGGAAAAAUGCGCUUGGGAAUGUGUAAAUACGAUAACGGCUGUUCAAAAAUAAAAUAAGAAUGUCAUUUUUUUAUCGUUUUGCAUACUUACUGUUUUACUAUUUUUAACUCCAUUGAAUUAUUAAUUUAAUGUAUAGUAAAUUCCAUUUAAAUGAAGGCAAUAAAUUAAAAGUAUGUUGGCAAUGAUAAAUAUUAAUAGCUAUUAUUGUCAGUGAUACCAACUAUUUAUUAAAACUGGUGGAGUCGAAAAAUUACUAUAUUUAGUGCUUUUGUUUAAAUGGUUCUAACUAUGCCUAUUUAACUAAAACCGAAUAUGGGGCAUUUCUUAUUGAACACCCGUUAUAAUUGACCAUUGUUACUAUUUAUAAAAAUUAAGAUAUUUUAUACUAUAUAAAAAAUGAAAAAAGUGAGUUUAAAUCGAACCACCUUGUAUAUCGUGAAUUGCUUACUAAUAUCAAUUUUUUAAAAUUUUUUUCUAUUGUAUACAUAUAGAUGUUGCCUCCCUUAUACACUCAUAGGAAUUAUUCUAAAUAUAUCUCAAGAAUGUUGUCUUUUAGAAAAAAAUUACCAAAUAUUUAGCUAAGCAUUUUACACUAAAAAGUCAGUAUUGUCGUUUUACAGUUCGUUUUUUUUCUCAGACACUUACAUACAAAACGGUUCAUCAAAAUUCUUUACAAAUAUUUGCCGUUAAAACCAAUUAUUUAAAUGGCAAAAAUCUAGUCUAGAAUUUUUUUGUAAACUAAUAUUGCCAAACACGCACAGUGAGAAACAAAACAUUUAAUUUUAAAUUUGAUCCAAAAACAGGUCCUGAAUCGUUCAAUAUGGUACAUCUGUUUAAUAGGAGAAAAAAUCCCAUAUACAGGUUGAUUCAUUUUAGUUUGCAACAUAAACAACUUCCAUUAGACACUUAUAAAGGAAAAAGAAAGAGUGAUACUCUUUCAUUGCAACUUUUUUACUCUAACAACUGUUAUUUUAAUAAUAUUUCUUUGUUUAACUCAUAGAAUUGACCAAAUUGCAAGCUGGAAUGAACCAAAGCGAUUUCCUUAAAAGUCGAGCUCACGCAGCGAGCGAGACCUUGAUCAUAUAGACGAGUUUGCGUAGAACGCCGAGAGGCGUUCAAGCUGCAGUUCCGGAUGUGGCACAGUUCAUUAUUGUAUAAUUAUAAUUACCAGUAAACUCGAUAAACCUGAUAUGCAACCGGCGAAGCCUGGGGUGGAGGGGCGGAGCCCUUCCCUAGCGUUGAGCGAGUUUCUAAUAAAACCCUUUAUUAUUGACCCCAUUAUUAUUUAUUAUGUUGCGUGUUUUUGUGUCUCACAGUGUGCACAAACUGGGUAGAGAUAGUCAUUUUCCAAAGAGGGAAUACUAUUACACGAGAUGAAAUAUUUUAUAAAUUUCGGAACUUAACUAAAAAGGGAAAUUAUAGACAAAAAAAGGUUAUAAGAGAUAUUUAGAGGAUAUGGAAAAUAUUUUAAAAAUUUUUGUAAAGAAUGUACAUAUUAUAGCGGCAGAUUAGGAUUAUAAGAAUGUUGACGAGAAAACGAAAAGAUAUUUGGAAAAUUUUCUGUUACGAAAACAUCCGAAUUAUUAUUGCAAAUUGCAAAUGCACACUCAAAUAUUUUUACUGUUAUCGAUUUAUUUAUAAAAUAACAGUAAAAACAAUUUCUUAAUCUUGGCGUGUUUACAAGUGCUUUUAAUAAUUCGGAUUUAUUCGUAAAUUGUUUUUAGUGUAAGUACUGCAAAUUUUUUGUGUAUUUCAAACACGUUUUUUCUUAAACACGCCAACUUUUUUAUGUAAAAUAAUGUUUAUAUAAAUAUAACAAAGCAAAACGGUUUUUAAUUGUAACACAUCUACUUAUUCCAUUCCAAAGAAACGAUGUUAUGUAAAUUUUAUGUAGUUAGGACAUAAAUUAAAUUGACUUAUUUUUUAAAUUACAAUUUGUG